AUGGGUCAGUUUUUCGGGAAAAUGAAGGAAGAAAAGAAGGAAUUUCUCCAAGAUGAUGUAUUUAGUACUCCAACUAAACCAAGGAAGAUUGUUCGACGUGUUGAAAUGGAUCCAAGAUCACCGACUACAACAAUACCACGAACGCCCAUUGAGGUUGAAAGUACGCCGAAAUCGAGUGACUCAUCAGUAACUCCACCCAAAAACAAAAAGAAACGGCAAAAAUUGCAUGAAAAACUUUUACGUCGAAGUAAUGUCUCAUCUAACACUUAA